CGCUGCCGCUGCCGCUGCCGCCGCGGUCCCUCGCGCGUGAACGAGCGGAGGGUUAACGCUCGAAUUCGAACCGCGCGACGUACCCCGCGUCUUCGGUUAGCCAUCGAGACGAUCCACCGGAUGGUCAUAGUGCAUUCGACGAGGAGCGAUAAACGGUGUUUCGAUACGGACAAUUGUCUGUCGAAGCUCGCUGCCCGGUGAAAGUAUCAGAUGUUCCGCGGGACGAAGAGGAAAGACGGUUCUGACUCACAUGCGGAUCGGAUCGACGAAUGACGCGUCCGUGGAUCGGCGAUAAGCGGAUGAUUCUCGCGAAGUGACGGCCUCAUCAACGCGAGUGCAUCUCCGUUUGCGUAAUGCUCAGCUAGUAUACGCGCUCGUCGCGAAGGCCGUGAGACCGUAUCGAGAAAUCGCGGUGGAAACAACGGUGGGCCUGCAAAAAUGUCAAUUACGCUAAUCUUCUAUUCUUUUUGAACGUUAAGUCUCGAGAGUGUCGUUAUCGUUUCAGAUUCAUUUAAUAAUAAAUUGCGGACCACGGUGGGUGGAAUUUGUCUCCAGUGAGUUCAGUGUUUCAUAUAGAUAUAGAAUUGUCCGACGGCGAAAACAUGUGCCGAAGAAUGCAACGGUUGUGCGUCUCCCUGUUGUUCCUGGCCGUCCUGGUCGGAGCCCGGUCGGACAACAGGUACGACCAAACGUCGAUCUACUACACGGAACCGACGACGCUAAUGAACGCCAGCGGGGUGACUGACAAUUGGAACAACGCCGGCGGUCUUCACGAGCUGCACGGCGGCCGCAUUGUCCGAGGUCAGAGACUGCUGUCGAGAUCGAAGAGCCCUUACUUGCUGCGGGAGGAUUUGUUCGUCGAGAAGGACGGCGAACUCGUUAUAGAAUCCGGCGUGGAGAUUCGCUUCGGCCCGAUGGUCGGCAUCACCGUUCGCGGUAUCAUAACUGCCGAGGGUGAAACUCACGCUCCGAUCCUACUGACCGCGGCGGAAGUGGAAACGCAGGUCUCGGCUUUUCGAACAUCACCUACGAUACGCCUCGUUGACGGACCGAGUCCGCUAGCGGGAAGGCUGCAACUCUUUCAUCGAGGUGGCUGGCGUUCCGUCUGCACGAACUCGCGAAAUUGGACUCGCGCGGAUCUGGAGACGGCGUGCCGACAGCUCGGUUAUCAGGGCGGGCAGUGGUGGUCGUGGAUCGAUAGACAAUGGCCCUCCAAGCCGCGUCUUCUUUACGAGGAACCAGGCUGCCGCGGCACCGAGCCCUCGCUGACGACCUGCGAACGUUGGCCGGAUAGAGAAUUGGGCGCCGGUGUUUGCGAUUAUCAUCCGGACCUGGGCAUUUCUUGCCUGCCUCGCCACGAUGGUGCGACCAAGGCGAUCAAGCAUUGGCGGGGAAUACGAUUCGAGGACGCGGUGUACUAUAAACCGCUCAUUCAACAGAACACGCUUUACGUGCGUCGGUCGCGGUCCAUUCUGCGAAAUACGGUGAUCGAAUAUGCUGGCACGGGGAGGGAGUACAAUAUAACAUCGGCGAUUCAUGUGGAGGGCGUGCCACCGAUAAUGGAGUCGAUUUCUGUUCUCCAUUCUGCUCUCACGGGUAUCAACGUCACCACGUCGGACGCACCGGUCGUAAUAAACAAUUGUACCGUGCAAUAUAACAGAGGAUACGGGAUUUACGUAAAUAGCUCGUCCGGCAUGGCGCAUAUCAAUAACUGCACGGUGUUCGAGAACGGUGCGGACGGAAUAAAGUACGUGCACGCGGAUGAGCGACCGGACGAAAAGCUGGAUCGUAACGACGUGUACGAUCUAUGCACUUUCCCCACAACGGCCAGUCAGACCUUCCCCGUCACUAUAUCUAUGGAGCAGAAUAAAUACGCGCCCAACGUAAAACGAUGUCCACAACAUAUCUUCACGAGGCCAGGCCACGUCCUGACGGUGCAUUUUCUGCAAAUGAAAACCGACAGGAACGACAGCGCCGUCAUAGAGGUGCGCGACGGUUUAAGCGGAGCGGACAGACUCCUGGCGAGCGUCAAAGUCAGAAAUGGAACUUUACCGCAGAGCGUGACUUCAACGCGGCAAAAUGUUUAUGUGAAAUUCACAGCUGACCCCCGAACGAACACGAUCGUGUUCCUGCGAGUGUCGUCGGGCUACAAGAAAACGUAUGAUCUCAACGUGACCGGCAGUACAAUAACAGGCAACAGUGGCCGUGGUAUCGUCGUGGAGAAACUAAGAUCCUCCUUACAUAUUCACGAGACCUCGGUGUCGAAUAACGAUCACGUGGCGGGCGUGCACGUGCUGAAUGGCGCGAUGGAUGUUAACAUCACCGAUAGUCGUAUCUCGUUCAACCAAGGGGAUGGCGUUAACAUCACUGUCACGGGCGGCAAUCGCAACGUGUCGCGCAGCAGCAUAUCGUCCAACAGCGGUUACGGUUUCGCGGUGUGGUUAAACGAUAGCCUCGCCACUGAAUACGUACACUUUAAUCAGUCAACUGUGAUCGAGUACUCGCAGAUAUUUCGCAACAAGGACAUCGGCGUUCUGAUCGGUAAUUCAACCGGCAACUCGUACGUGAACGUAACUGGCAACUGGUUCAAUACCAGCCUCGAAACGGCAUUGCAAGUGGAAUCCAGUUGGAGGAAGGACAAUGGAAUAAUGAGAGUACAAAUCGGGCACAACUGGUUCAUAAAGAAUGCGAAAUUAGGAAUCAAACUGAGCCCGGCGCUCAAUCUCGAUGCUGUUAUAGAAUACAAUCAUUUCAGAGAACAAGCGAUCGGCGCGAUUCUGAUAAAAAAUCCGCUUUACGAGGAGUUUAACAUUUUACCCGCGGAGGUUGUGAUACGACAUAACGAAUUUUACAACAAUCGAGGUCCCUUCGUAGUCAGCAUUGGUCUAUCGCCUUACAAUGACGCGCAAAAGUUGCUGUUCACGAGAAACUUUUUGCGAGAGAAUCGUGUCCGGGAGCUCUUUGACAAUGGCGACAUGCUGAAUGUCAAACUGAUACCACGCUCCAGGGUAGCCGCCGUCAUCGUCGUGUCUUCGAGCAACGUUGAAGUUUACCGCAACAUUUUAUACAAUCCCGAAUCGCCUUACGAGAUCGGCUCUCAUCUGGAGGAUCAGAGUAAAGUUAUCAAUUGUACGUACAACUGGCUAGGAUCUGGGGAAGAAAAGAGGAUAUUCGAUCGAUUAUUCCACAGGAAAGACCGAUACAAUCUUGCCAAAAUCGAGUAUUUGCCUUACUUGCUGCACAGCAGCAAUCCCGGCGCGAAUACCAUCAUUCCGAAUCCGACGUUCGUGCCGCAGUUUGUCACGCCCGGCACGAAUCUAGUGGGGGGUGAGGUGGAUGGCCAGGAGGAAUUAAAAGCCGGAGAGUACAUUGUCGAGCGUGAUAUCAAUGUGAGACCGGGCGGCAAGCUAAUAUUACAACCGGGCGUUACGUUACGCUUCCCACCGGCCGUGGGAAUGAUGAUUGCCGGCAAAUUCGACGCGCGUGGCAAAAAGCCCAGCGACAUCUUAUUCACUCUCAAAGAAGAGCUCGCUGCGUUACCAAAUAACGACACCUUCAUGGAUGAGGAUACGGUUCAGGUCGACGAGACGGAAACCGUGCCAGUGAGGCUUCUCGGUGGGAAAACGAAUCUCGAAGGGAGACUGCAGGUAAAAAUUGGAAAUAAAUGGGGCACUGUGUGUAACUAUGGAUGGACGAUUCUGGAUGCAGCGCUCGUUUGCCAUCAAUUGGGCUUUAUCCUUGACUUCGAGAAUUGGCUUAUGGAGCGAUCGCAUAUUCCGAACGCGGGAAUCAACGAGGAUAUACUUCUCAGCAAUGUGCGCUGUACCGAAUACGACAACGAUAUAACUAAGUGUCGGGCGGAAAGGGAGCAGGAUUUCGAAAACUCGUGCACUCACGCGAACGACGUUGGUGUCAGGUGUUUGGAGGCGGCAUGGGCGGGUCUCAGAUUGGGGCCACUGGCUCAGAGAAGCGACCUGCAGUACGUGACAAUCGAAAAGGCAGGCUUGCUGGAUUACAAAACGAAUUCGUUUAAGCCAGCUUUGCAAAUCGAUUUUGCCCGGCAUUCGUUGGACGGUGUCAAGGUCCUUAACAAUCUGCAAGACGGCUUGGGAGUUCUGUAUUCGGACAUAUAUUCGGCGGACGCGAUAAAUACCGUGACAAACAGCGACUUCUCUCUAAACGGCGGGAGCGGCAUCAGCUUCAAGCAACUGGGCAUGCGAAUCGUCAACUCGCGAAUCGAGAGCAACAAGGUCGCGGGAAUAAGGCACAAUCCCGCUCUCUCGGCCGUUCAGCAGAGAGAAUUCGCGGGAUGGUUCCUGCGCGCCCCAGACAGCACGAUCGACUCGCCGUACAAUCCGGUAAUCUUGCCGGAAACGAACGAGAACAUUGAGGUCGCUAACGGAGAGACCAAGUACAUUAUAACGACUAAAGUAACCGGCACACCUGUCCGUCGCACCAUCGACAUUAAAUGUACACCAGGCUACGUCAUCGGUAUCCAAUUGCUGAACCCGAUAGAGAAUCGAAGUACGGAACAGAUUAUACUGCACGACUCGCAAAGUUUCGACAAGAAUCAAACGAUUUGGCACGUAAAGCGGGACCUGAGCGUUUUCCCCGUCUCAUCCAGUUCCUUCGUGGUAAUUCUGGAGUACGACAGCGGUGAAAAUGCCUUCGGUGGAGCAGUUAUAGUUGUCACGUCGCUCUUGGCUCCAAUACAGAAUAUUCACAACAAAAUAGUCAGCGGCCCAAUUCCCUCGCUAAUUGUCACAAAGACGAGGAUCAAGAGCAACCAGAAAGGUAUCCUCGCGUCCUACUACAAUCGAUACCUGAAUGAAAUCGGAGAGCAUUUUCUGCGGAAAGCUAACGAGACUAUUCAGCUAGUCGGAUGCGAGAUAUCGCACAAUCACGAGGAGGCUAUUUACGUUUAUUCGCCUUAUUGGAACAUCUACCAAUCCAAUCUGUCUGAGAUCUCGAUACACGUGAAUAACACCUUGAUCACGGAUAACGGUAAAGGGAUACAUCAGUUCAGCCGCGACGCGAGGCACUCCAACAACCUCUUCCACUGGAUAAUGCAGGACAGCACGAUUGAGAGAAAUCGCGGCGGUGGAUUCGAGGUGUUGUUACCGGACGUCUGGCAGUAUAACGAGAACUUUACGCACUCUUUAUACUUCGGCAACAAUACCUGGCGUAAUAACGAACAGUUCGGCUUCGUGGUGGAUGGACACUUCGCGCAUCUCAAUAUAUCCCACAAUCGUUUCGACAGCAAUCGAUGCAAGACCGGUCUGAUAUCCGUCCGCGGAAUGGAGAAGAGGAUGAGAAUAGAUAACAACCGUAUCGAGGGCAAUAGCGGCGCCUACAUGGUCGAGUUUCGAGCGGACAGCCAGUCCGAGAUCCUCGGCGACGUUUACGCGCGCUUCUACUUUAAUGAGAUCAAGCGAAACGUGUACGAUCUCGUCAGCAUGGGACCACGCCGAACGUUCGACGAUCCCAGCUACGUCGUCGGCUUUCACGGCAUACAGAAAGUACGAGUCAACAGAAAUCUCUUCGGCGAGAACUCGUUGGAUUACGAAUUACUGGCGGGUAUCAGGACAGCCAAGAUCAACAACGAGGUGGAUGUAAUGGAGAAUUGGUGGGGUAGCGCAAACGACACUUCUAUCAGAUGGAGAAUCUUUGAUUUCGACGAUUGGAACGAUCACGCCGUGGCCAACUAUCGGCCGUACUUGAUAAGCGACUCGUUCGACGCGUCUAUCUCCGCGUCGUGGCAUAUAAAUCGGGAGGUUGACCUGGACAAUCUGGGCGGUCGCAUAGUGGACAGUCUAUCGCUGCACGCGAGAUCCGAGCCCUACGUCAUACGUUCCGACAUCACGGUCAUGCCGGAAGCUACCUUACACAUCUAUCCCGACGUCGUGAUGGAGUUCGCUCCCAACGUUGGCAUUUUGGUUCUGGGAACGCUGAAAGCCGUCGGCGUGCCCGGUCACGAGAUCAUAAUGAGACCGAUGAGACGAGUCGACGCGAGCGCGAACUCUACGCGCGAACUCUUUUUCAAGUCGACACCGAGGACUUCCGCCAAUCUCAUGGCAAUGCCGGAUGAGACGAUCCGUCUAUGCAAGAAUGGACAUUGCUCCGCAUUGUACAACGAAGGAUUCCUGGAGUACUUCAACAGGACGACUCUUCAGUGGAUUCCCUUGUGCGAUGAUCGCUUCACCGAGCGCAACGCUCAAGUGGCGUGCCGACAACUUGGCUACGACACUCUCAACGUCUACGUGUCGUACGAUCGUAGAUACGAGCAUCAUCCUGGAUCGUUAACGCGCGUCUGGUCCUGGCCCGAACCACUGCAGUGUUCCGGGAAAGAACAGAAUCUCGAAGACUGCCAGAUCAGAUUGAACGGUCAGUUGUUCGGUCAUCGUCACGAGUGCCCGUGGGACGGGCAGUUCGUUUUCCUGCAUUGCGGCAAGCGAAACCUGGACGACGCGUACGAUUAUUGGGGCGGGAUACGCAUCGCGAACAGCGAGUUCGAGCAUCAUCUGUACGAGCAUCGCAUCCACGACGUCGUAACUCACGAGACGGUCAGACGCGUUGAAUCGGUUCUGCGAUUCAUCAAUAUAACCGGCGCCGGAAUUUUACACUACGAGAAAUCGUCCGCUAUACAGUCGAUCAUGAAGUCUCCGGCGGUGGUGCACGUAAACAUAGAACGCGGCGCUUAUCACGGCAUCAAUGCCGUAUCUCCGACGCACACGGUGGAAUUAUUAUUCAACACUAUUAACAACGUCCUCGGCAACGGCGUGAAUAUAUUGUCCUUGACGGGAGAAGGCCGCGAGGCGGACGAGAGCUCGUUCACUCCUAUUAAGGACCUCAAUAUACCUUAUCAUUUAUUCAGCAUGGUUGAUAUAUGCGACACCACAAAAGAAAUCACGAUCGAGGAGCGCGUGAUCGUGUACUACAAAUAUGACAAUUAUCCUGUGAAUUGCGUGAAAAUCUUCCGCAGUCCUUAUAGAACCAAACCUUUCGGAUUUAGACUCUUGCAAUUUAAUCUUUACAACUCUACCGGCAAGCCAGGCCGUGCCGAUGCUAUAACUCUGUACGACGGAGACAUUUACAAUAUCACCACCAAGGAGAUUGCCCAUCUGGAAGUUAACACUCCUGACGAGAAGAAAUUGUUCAGAACGCAGAAUCCCAGUAUUAGCAUUCGAUUGUUCGCUAACGGCGCCAGUAGCGUGCACGGAUUUAUCGCGGAAAUCGUGACUCUCCCGAUAUCCGCCAUUGGUUUCAAUCGCGACGUGCAGCACAACGUUUCCUACUCUGUGAUAUCAAACUGCCGCGAAGGGGCCGUAAAGUAUGCAAGCGCCGGCGAGGUGAAUGCCAUAAUGACGCUCGAGCGUAAUCAGUUUAAGAAUAAUUGCGAGAAGCUGUACGGUAACUUCACCACCUGUAAAUCCGCGGUGUGGCUCGACGUCCAAAAUACUCAGUCGCUCUAUUUCAGAAACAACUUGGUGCAGCGGAAUCAAGGCGGUCUUUCUAUCCGUGCCGAUUCGAGAGGCUCGGCAACGUCUCUCAAGGGAUGGAUUCACAACAAUCUCUUCACGGAGAACUUCAACAAGCCCGCAUUAUACAUCGAGGGUCGACAGAGCAGCCCCUACCAAGAGGUGACUAUAUUCAGGAAUUACUUCACCAAGAACAACGCUCCCUACGACAAUAACAUUAUCUUGAAGCAAGUGGUCAGCAACAUGACGCUCAAUUAUUUACACGGAAACCUCGGCAUGCAUUUAUUGGAGAUCUCGGGAUUCGAGAAGGUCCGCUUACCCAUCUAUCAAAGCACAUCUCACAACGGCUUUUACAAAAACUACGCAGUCGAUCGUGAAGGCCGUAGCACUAUCAUUGCCGGUACGCCCGGCCAGCAAUACGUCGACAAUGUGUUCUUUAAUCCCGAUAAUGAUUACGAAAUGCUCACAAUAAACAGAUCUCAACAAUUAGAAAUGUGGAGAUCUCACGUGGACGCGCGGCACAAUUGGUGGGGCUACAACGAAACUUUGGCGGUGGCCGGACGGAUCAGAGAUCGCGGAGACUCACCUGAACUGUUGCAGGUGGAUUACCAACCCUUCCACAUGAACAAUAAGUCGGUAUUAAGCGGCAAGUGUCCACCUGCCUGGGAUCUCGUCGGCGACACGUGUUACAUAUUGAUCGGCGCACCGAUGGACUUCUACAGCGCGCGAGACUUUUGCAGAUCGGCAAACGCGUCGAUGCCGUUUAUCAUGGGGGAUUAUCUGGGACUCUGGAAAUUCUUGCGUAAGCAACAGGAACGAUUUGAUUAUUCGGAGCGUGUGUGGGUGCAACAAUUGGACCGCGUGGAUCAGUGCACAACGUUCACGUAUCAGACGAUCGAGAUCGAUCAUUGCGCGCAGCCUAGUGAGUUCAUCUGCGAGAUCGAUCCCAGAGUUAACAUCGAUCCUCUGUCGUGGAGGAAAGAUAUCGUUGCGGUGGGUGUUUUGGGAGCUGUCGGUGUCGCGCUCGCGUUGCUGACCGCGGCUAUCGCGUUAUGGGCGUCCAAGUCGAAGAAACGUAAGCUCGAGAGACUGGAGCGACGUAACUCCAUCAGGCAGUCCCUACAUUCCCUGCGAUCGGUCGGCUCCACGUCCGGCUUUACGGAGCUUGCUUAUCGGCGAAAACCUAUCGCGACCAAACAUUCCACGGAUACGCUGAAUUCAAAUUACAAGCGCAUGUUAAACGGCGGUAGCCUGGACUCGAUGGACAAGUCGCAAUUGAACUCCUCGAUAGAGGACAAUCAGAGUUACGACGUGUACGAGGCUCACAAUCCGCGAUACUCGCCGAGCACGAGCGACUUCAAGAGCACGGCGCAGAAGUACGGCGCGGCGCAGAGCGUCGACAAUCCGGUCUUCGACCUGGCGUAUCGCAAUGAGGGCUUCCGCAAUCAUUCCACUUUCGCGGCGAGGAACGGCAACCUUGUCGCCGCUGCCGCCCCUGCCGCUCCUAACUGGCCGUCUCAACCGAACGUGCAAUCGACCUCGGUCGACGAGAGUCCCACGGUGUAUCCCAACAACGAGACCUCGUAUUUCAACAAUGCGUCCACGCUGCCGUUGCACUCCAGCCUCGCGCUCACCGACUCGAUGAGCGAGUUGAAACGCGACAUCGAGACAUCGGCCGCCUACGAUCCCGUGGAUUACGACUCGAGGCGCACCUACGACACGGCGACGCUGACGCCGAGCCAGGCGUCCGAGCCCGUUCCGGAAUACGCGGCGGACUUUCAGCCGCCGGUACCGCCGCAUCCUUAUCACUACGAGGCCGAGAGCAGACCCAGGAGCGAGGCGCUGCUGGAGACCAACUUCGACACCGGCGAGGAGAAGCCGCUGCGCUCGAAGAGCGAGGCCUUGCUCGAGACCAAUCUGGACGCGUUCCUAGUCAACGAGCCUACGGAACUCACGCAGCUGUCGACGACCGCGCGAAGCAAGAGUCAGCCGUUGGAAACGGCGAUGUAA